AUGCCCGCCAUAACCACCGUCCACGAGUCCCUCCCGUACAUCGACACGGAGCCGACAGCAGCCGAGCGCGCAGCAGCAACAGCACUGAUCGACGCAGAGCGCGCCUCCUCAGGGCCCGACGACGCCUUCCACGCGCUGCUGCCGCCCCUGCCCAGUACAUCAUCACUAACGCCGCUUCUCGAAGCGGAACUAGCACGCGUGCAAGCCUCACCGUCCUCAAAACUCUCCGCACUAGACCUAUCACGCUACGAAGCGCCCGAGCUCCCCAGCGGCCUCACCUCCCUCCCCGCUUCCGACGCACGCGCCGCGCUGUCCGCGGCGCUGGCGCGGGCGUACGCGUCUCAGGGGUACAUCGCUGGGCGGCGGACGCACCUUGCGCUGCUGGACAGCUACGGCAAGAACGCGUGGCUGGUGGGCAACUGGCAGCUGGAGGGGUGUGUGCGUGCGGUGGAGCGGGAGCUGGCGUCGGCGCGGCGGGCCAUCGACGUGGUGGCGCUGCAGCGGCAGCGGGCGCAGGACGAGGCCGGGCCCGAGCUCAAGGGGCUCGACGAAACGUGGCGGCGCGGCGUCAGCCGCGUGCUGGAGACGGAGGCCGCCGCCGAGGGCUUGCGGCGCGAGAUUCUCGAAGUCCGGAGGCAGAGGGCCGAAGGGGGGCACGCACAGUCAUAA